AUGUUCAAAGAGGAAGAAGCGAAUGAAGGCGAAAUGCUGGAGUUCAAUCAAAUGGAUCGCCCGCACAAGGGAGAUUCUGACAAUGAUGGGCCGUAUUCGGACGAGUGUCAGAUUCUCGACGCUGAAUCGGAUAAUCACACCAUUUCAUCAAGCAGUCUUAGGUCUUAUGACGACUACUAUUUCGACAUUUACCGAGAAUAA